AGAUAAAGUCUACUACUUGACCAAAUCGCAGGGAAGGGAACCGGAGAGAAGCAGCGUACCCUAUUAGGGUUUGAGGUGUACGCCUCCCACUUUAAAUCAACACUUUUCUCUCAGUGCGCUGCCCGCCGAUUAGCGUAAGGUCACUGAGAGCCUCCAGUCACCUCGCCGCCUCCUUCUAUCCCCGUCUUCGCUGAGAUCUCUCUCUCUUUGUGUGUGCGUGUAAAGACGUAAGCAUAUAUCGAUUUUUUGAUUCUGUAUUCUUCUUGUCAUCUGUGUAGUGGAUCUAUUUGCCGUGGUAAGCUCUUUGCUUCUUUUAACUGGUUGUAUUCAACUAUCGCUAUGGCUACGUUUGUUCUCUGUAUUACUUUAUGUUUGACGGGUGGAGUAUGUAUUUUUCCUCCUAGGCUAUAAAACUCUAUGGGGGAUUUUCGGAUUUUGUGCUCUUUUUGGCAUUAAAAACAUCGUGCUUGUUGAAUUUCAAUAUCAAGUGAAUUAGAUCUAUGUUAUGAUUUGAUUUUCUAUCUCCUUAAUGUUAUCGGUCUAAUAGAACUUCUAUGAAUUUCAUCCGGUAGCCAUAGAUUUUAAUUUCAUUGUCUUCAGCUGAUAUAUCUACUUCCGGUGAUCUGCAAUGGUUUUCGUGCUUAGCUAACUUCUCAUUGUUUUGAGUUUAAAUAUGAAAUCAAUAGCGUGCGGCACUUAAUCUAAAGUUUCUCGUACUAUUUUGAUGCUGAAGAGGAACUAUAUUCUCUGUGUCUCUCUUUUAACACUACAUGUGCUAAUUUUCAGAUUCGUCUGUCUGUUUAGCCGACUUAUUAUUUUGAAUUUUGAAUGAGAAAUUUCAUUAAUUGCUGGAAGGGACCAUGUUAAUUAUAUCAUGCUCCUCACAAUUGCUGUUAUCUUCAAGCCAAGGAAACUUAGUAAUUUAUCUGUUAGAUGUAUUUUGCCUCUUCAACUUGUACUAACAUGUUUUUGAGCCAAAGAGGAGCAUGCUAUUUUUUAAUAUAUUUAUGUGGCCAUUUUCUAAGUUAAAAUGUUAAGUGUUACUAGCUUUUUAUUUUUUUGUUUCCAAAAGUGGUGAUAGCCUAUGCCUUUUCUAGCUGUUGACUUGAUGCACAAAUAACAUAGCUGACCAGUAGGGACAAAUUACUUCAACUUUUGGGAUUUUGUUCAUAUCUUUUGUGGCUGUAGGUCUUUUCCAUUGUGUGUUGUAGCUGCAUGUUUUCUUUUUUCUUUUUCUCAAAUCUUCAGGAGCCACAUGUUGAUGCCGGUUUGUAUAUUGAGUUUAUGAUUUUUUUUUCUCUUUUUACCUUACUUUAAAGUGUAGCUUACUGAUUUUACACUGAUUGUGUUUUGUUGUGUUGAAUGGCAGGCAUUUUUUUGAGGAUCAUUUCCCAUUUAUAUACGUCUGUUUGUCACAUUUAACACUAGUCAAAAUGGUGAAGUUCACAGCUGACGAACUUCGCAGGAUUAUGGACUAUAAGCAUAAUAUUCGUAAUAUGUCUGUCAUUGCUCAUGUUGAUCAUGGGAAGUCCACUCUUACUGAUUCUCUUGUGGCUGCUGCUGGUAUCAUCGCCCAAGAAGUUGCUGGUGAUGUACGUAUGACAGAUACCCGUGCAGAUGAAGCUGAACGCGGUAUCACCAUUAAGUCCACUGGUAUCUCACUUUACUAUGAGAUGAGUGAUGAAUCUCUAAAGAGCUAUAAGGGAGAGCGACAAGGGAAUGAGUAUCUUAUCAAUCUCAUCGAUUCACCGGGGCAUGUUGACUUCUCAUCCGAGGUGACAGCUGCUCUUCGUAUCACUGAUGGUGCCCUUGUUGUUGUAGAUUGCGUUGAAGGGGUCUGUGUUCAAACAGAAACUGUCCUCCGACAAGCCCUUGGAGAAAGGAUCCGACCUGUCCUAACUGUCAACAAGAUGGACAGGUGCUUCCUUGAACUCCAGGUUGAUGGAGAGGAGGCAUACCAGACAUUCUCCAGAGUUAUUGAGAAUGCAAAUGUCAUUAUGGCCACAUAUGAGGAUCCACUUCUUGGUGAUGUUCAGGUGUACCCUGAGAAAGGGACAGUUGCUUUCUCUGCUGGGCUCCAUGGUUGGGCCUUUACUCUAACUAACUUUGCAAAGAUGUAUGCCUCUAAGUUUGGAGUUGAUGAGGCUAAGAUGAUGGAAAGGCUUUGGGGUGAGAAUUUCUUUGAUCCUGCUACAAAGAAGUGGACCACCAAGAACACCGGCACCCCUACAUGCAAGCGUGGAUUUGUCCAGUUCUGCUAUGAACCCAUCAAACAGAUCAUCAAUACUUGCAUGAACGAUCAGAAAGAUAAACUGUGGCCCAUGUUGCAAAAGCUUGGUGUCAGCAUGAAGUCUGAUGAGAAGGAUUUGAUGGGGAAGCCAUUGAUGAAGCGUGUUAUGCAGACAUGGCUUCCUGCUAGUAGUGCCCUCUUGGAAAUGAUGAUCUUCCAUCUUCCAUCGCCGGCUACGGCUCAAAAAUACCGUGUUGAGAACUUAUACGAGGGACCACUUGAUGAUCUUUAUGCUAAUGCUAUCAGAAACUGUGAUCCUGAGGGGCCUCUUAUGCUCUAUGUUUCAAAGAUGAUUCCAGCAUCUGAUAAGGGCAGGUUUUUUGCAUUUGGUCGUGUGUUUGCUGGGAAGGUAUCAACCGGUUUGAAGGUCAGAAUAAUGGGUCCCAAUUAUGUCCCUGGCGAGAAAAAGGAUUUGUAUGUUAAGAGUGUCCAGAGAACUGUUAUUUGGAUGGGAAAGAAGCAGGAAACUGUUGAGGAUGUACCAUGUGGGAACACGGUUGCCUUGGUUGGUUUAGAUCAAUACAUUACCAAAAACGCUACCCUGACAAAUGAAAAGGAAGUGGAUGCUCAUCCAAUCCGAGCGAUGAAAUUCUCUGUCUCACCGGUCGUGCGUGUUGCUGUUCAGUGUAAGGUAGCGUCUGACCUUCCCAAGCUUGUUGAAGGUCUGAAACGGUUGGCCAAGUCUGAUCCUAUGGUUGUUUGUACCAUUGAGGAGUCUGGGGAGCAUAUCAUUGCUGGUGCUGGAGAACUGCACCUUGAGAUCUGUUUGAAAGACUUGCAGGAUGAUUUCAUGGGUGGAGCAGAAAUCAUAAAAUCGGAUCCAGUUGUGUCCUUCCGUGAGACAGUUCUUGAGAAGUCAUGUCGGACUGUGAUGAGCAAAUCUCCAAACAAACACAACCGUCUUUACAUGGAAGCUAGACCUCUGGAGGAUGGGCUUGCCGAGGCCAUUGAUGAUGGGCGUAUUGGUCCAAGAGAUGAUCCCAAGGUUCGGUCUAAAAUCUUGGCUGAGGAGUUUGGUUGGGACAAAGAUCUUGCAAAGAAGAUUUGGUGCUUUGGCCCUGAAACCACUGGUCCUAAUAUGGUGGUUGACAUGUGUAAGGGAGUUCAGUAUCUGAAUGAAAUCAAGGAUUCUGUUGUUGCAGGUUUCCAGUGGGCUUCAAAGGAAGGUGCAUUGGCUGAGGAAAACAUGAGGGGUAUUUGUUUUGAAGUUUGUGAUGUUGUUCUUCAUGCUGAUGCCAUUCAUAGAGGUGGUGGCCAGGUCAUUCCAACAGCUAGGAGGGUUAUUUAUGCUUCCCAAAUAACUGCCAAGCCCCGACUUCUGGAGCCUGUGUAUCUGGUGGAGAUCCAAGCUCCAGAGCAAGCUCUUGGUGGAAUCUACAGUGUCCUGAACCAGAAACGUGGGCAUGUGUUUGAGGAGAUGCAGAGGCCAGGCACCCCACUAUACAACAUAAAGGCAUACCUUCCUGUUGUUGAGUCAUUCGGUUUUUCAGGCACCUUGAGAGCUGCUACUUCAGGGCAGGCUUUCCCCCAGUGUGUGUUUGAUCAUUGGGACAUGAUGUCAUCUGAUCCAUUAGAACAGGGAUCACAGGCAGCACAGCUUGUCACUGAGAUCCGCAAGAGGAAGGGUUUGAAGGAGCAGAUGACACCACUUUCUGAGUUUGAGGACAAGCUUUAA